UUGUUUAUGCUUUGUGCCUGCUCGGAGAAGUUGUAAAGCCCCCGGUGCCUCGUUGUUGUUGCUUGCCCCGCCGGCUAUGGCGAUGGCCAUGGCGUGCACGCAGCUCCCAACUGCUGCACUGCCACUGUCUCACUCCUUGCUGCCUCUGACAAGCGUCUUCUUUGCUCGUGGAGAGCUCCGGACAAGGAUUCCUUUGAAUUCUGUAGCGCUUCUUAUGGUUGCCUUGCGCUCUUUGUUGUAAUCGGAGGGUGAGGGGAGGGGAGGGGAGUUUGUAUUGGUGAUAUUGUGUGAUCGCGUGCGGCGUGGCUAGGCGACGGGGGUUGGGGACAAUGCGCAUGGUUGUGGAGUUUGCGGUAUGUGGAGAUCGGCGGCUUUCGUUGCACCUGUGUGUGAUUUUCUUAAUUGGAGAGAAAGAGAGAUGGGGACGAGUUCUGUUGCAGGACAGGGGAUGAUUUCAUUUUAUUAUAUUCCCGUGUGGUGACAUCUGUGCCGCGUUUUCGUGGAUUGUUCACUGAGGCGACGAUUUCUGUGAUGGCGCAUCGCGGUGCUGGUAGUUGUCGUUUUGAGGUUUUGUGGCGAGUUUGAGGAUGAUUUCGUUUUUGUUUUUGUAUCCCCCCCCCCCCCCCCGAUAGUGAUGUAUUUGAAGCCCAACGUCCUUGAUUGCUUGAAGAGACGGAGUUGUGAUCACUUCGUUGUUAACGCAUUGGGCUAUUCUGGUUCUUGUUAUUGAGAACAUUAGUGGCUGCAGUCGUUUCGUAACGAAUGCGACAUUGCCUUGAUUAUCGUGCCUGUGUCUGAUCAGGCCGGCCGGACAUUUUUUUUGUCUUGAUUACGACGCUUUUCCUUCUCUCCUCGUCUGAAUCGGGAACCAGUCGUGUAGAUUUGGGAUUUUUCGCUCAGUCACGAGUUUAAUAUGCUUUCUUUACUACUUUGGAUUUAAAAUGCGUCUGUCUUGUCUCGUGUCGUUCAAUUGAUUGACGUGGAAACGAGUGUUCUGCAGUUCUGAUGCUACUCCAGUUCCUUCCUGUUCAUCGCAUUAAAUAGCUCCACUCUAUUUCCCUCAUUAUCGCACUCCAUCUAAGUGUCUUCGCACCCUGUAUUGCCUUCUCAUAGUACUCAUUACAUCUGAUAUAUCAGUGUGGUGCCAACACCCCAUAAACGACAUCGGUAGUGUUUGGAAGAAUAUCCAGUUGUUUCCUUAUUUCUUGCAAAUUGGUGAGGGUAGUUUGAAAGCUUGCUCUGUUCCCUUUCUUAGAGAAUCUGAAAUUCCGAGGCGUACCGCAUUUUCUGUCAUCAUCUGCUUCUUGUGCUGCCUCUAUUUUGAUCGCGUACAGAGGAUACUUUGUGGGUUUAAGGAACAAGCUGAAGUUCAUUAAUGCCCGUUAAUUCUGCAAUGGGGUUUAGCCCUGGGAAGAUGCAGGAUUGCUUACCUGAUCUUCUUCCCAGUCGUAAAAGGACAACCUAUACGGAAAGGAAAUUUGGUGUAUCGACACUCUGAUUAGGUCUAGAAUGGACUGCAGUUCGUGGUUGUCGCGGUAGUAUUGUUUAAUUCCUCUAAGCCUGGAGUUAGAGCGUGUAUAAAAUGCGAUACUUGGCCUGACACUCGGAGCUGACAGAUUUCAAUUUCCUUGGUUGAUGUAGUGAUGCUCCUGGGUACUCACAGUACUGGAUGUGAUUCUCAGGCGAGCGCACGGGAUACCGUGUACGAGCCGGCUGGAUCGGUUGCGUUCGGUUGAGAAAAUUUCCUCACUGGGCUUUGAUGUGGAAGUGGUACAGGAGUAGCUAAGUAUUUUUUAUUUCUUGAAGACGUUUUCACCGCGUUCAUGUCCUGGAUAGGCGCAUUAUGUAAUAGUUUAAUGUAAAUUACUUCGAAUAUUCAAGAACCUAGGUCCUUCAUUGGUUUCAAAAUUGAAUGAUCUGUUUUGGAGGAGAACAUGGCUCUGGAGACGGAGCCAAUCUGCAGUGGGUUAGCGUCAUCAUCUAUGGAUGAACAGCUCACUAUUAGCGAUAUAAUGCACAAGGCAAUUGCUGAGCGCACGUUUCCAGGUGGUGCUGUGGCGUUUGGUUCUUGUACUGUUCCAUGCUACUAUCAAGCCUAUGGAACGUACACCUUUGAGUCCAGCAGCGCAGUUACUCCUGAAUCACAAUGGGAUAUGUCCUCCUUGACAAAGAUCAUGGCUACCGUACCAUCCAUCAUGAUCUUAUAUGAUCGAGGACAAAUUGCAUUGGAGGAGGUUGCAUGUAAGUAUCUACCAGAGUUUGGAAACAACGGGAAAGAGUUUAUUACCAUACGGCAAUUGUUGACUCACACUGCUGGGCUGCGCGAGUUCUACCCUUUUUUCGACAUGGGGUUGAGACAGAAAGACCAUGUUUUGGAAUAUAUUAUGGAAGAUAAGAUAUGGUAUACGAAAGGCAUGACGCGGUAUAGUGAUCUGUCCAUGAUUGUCCUUGGUUUGAUUGUGGAGCGCAUUGCCCGCAUGCCCCUGGAGGUCUUUACUGCGAAGGAAAUUUUUGAACCAUUGGGUAUGCGCAGUACAUGUUUUCGGCCGAUCAACAGGACGGACUUUAAUCCGUUGGUGGUUCCUACUGAAGUCGAUCGGAUGCACCGCAAUCGCCUGCUUUGGGGUGAAGUCCAUGACCCAAGCGCUUUUGUGCUUGGUGGAGUAGCGGGACACGCGGGUCUUUUCUCUACUAUCAUUGAUGUCUGUCGGUUCGCACAGACAAUGUUAGCUGGAGGAAUGGAUCAGACCACUAGUCGACGUCUCUUUAGAGAAAGUACUGUGCGCCUAUUCACAACACCUGGGUUAAAGACUCCGAAUAAUCCUCGCCCUUUUGCUCUCGGGUGGGAUGUAGCUGUGCGGCGAUUCAUGGAUGGUUAUACAUCUGCUGGAAAAUAUUUAGGUUCUCGCACGUUUGGGCAUACAGGUUUUACAGGCACAUCAUUAUGGAUAGAUCCUGAUCGGAAUCUUUUUGUAGCUCUAUUGACAAAUGCUGUUCAUCCAACUGCGGUAGGCGGUUUUGGCUACAAAGUACGGGAAGUUCGGCCAAUGAUAGCCGAUGCAGCCGUUCAUGCAAUGGGUGAACAAGCUAUACCUCGAGAGUCAUUAACAUGGCAUCUCGGAAGUACUAUUAUUUCUGAAGAAAGGAAGUUUCUGGCCCUCAGUCAAGCACAAUCUAGCUUUCUGUCCACUGAUGAUGACUUGCUGCAUUGGGCUCCACUGGAACAUUCGACGCUAUCUUCAGUGCAGGAUGUGCAACUUCCGCUUCAACUCUCUGAGCCAAUUGGGACUCGAAGCUCUAAGCAGAUAGCUAAGGUAACGUUUGCUUCAGUGACCACCUCUAUGGAUAUGUCCCAAAACAUUUCAAAUCAGACUGCAGAGAAGCAUCAUAUCGAAUGGAGAAGAUUACUGCCCAUCAUUUGCGUUGCUCUCGUUGUAGGUGCCAUAGCUUAAUCCUCCAGAUUUAUAGAUUGGCGAGCUUUACUGGCCGUCCUCUUGUCCCUUUUAGAGUAGAUCUAGACUCUGAACUAGGUCCCGUCCCGGUGAAGGUGGAACACCACACUGCGUGAGAAGGGGCUGCUCAUUCACUCAUCAAAUCCCUAGGAAGGGAUUUUUUGGAAGUAUUUAAGACCUUUUACGUGAUGAAAGGCUGAUUAGCUAAACGAUUGAUGAACUCAUUCAGAGUAAUUGCCAAUUCUUGGUCACCAGCUGGGGGGUCUCCAAUUCAUGUUUUCUUA